AUGUUCGGUCGUUUAGAAGGAAAAGCCGAAGAAUGCGUUCAAAAGGAGGAUUACUAUGAAGCUCACCAAAUAUACAGAACUUUAUGCUUUAGAUAUAAAAACUCAAAAAGUUUUUCUGAUUUGCUUCGGGUAUCUUACAAUGGAAGUAUGACUUUGUUGAAAAAGAAACAGUUUGAAUCGGGCGUCGACAUGGGUUGCUUAUUCGUUGAAGCCCUCAUCGUUUCUGAUACCAAACCUACUGCGGAAAACAUAGAAAAAAUUAUUAUGUUCUUAGAGAUGCAACUUGAAAUGGAGAAAGAGGCUACUGACGCUGGAUUAGCAAUUAAAAGAUUCCGUGUUGCCACGGAUAAGUUCAUAUCGGAUGCGGUUAAAUGGUCCCAGCAACAUUCGAGGAACCCCCGUGAAGCAGCCCAUGGAACUGAUGCUCUCAACAAGAGUCUCGCAGAGACUUUUUCCAAGUUUGAUGAUAUUGAAAGAGCAAGAACACACUAUUUACUCAGUGAAGACGCCGAGGGUUUCUCCCGCUUCCUCAUCGCAUCUCUCUCUAAAUUUGGUGAACCUGAUGAGCACGAUCUCUUCAUUGCACUGGCCGUCCUCCAAUUACUGUGCUUGAAAAGGGCCAAAACUGCUUGGACACUUUUCACUCAUUACAUCGGAAAUAGUCCUGUUGGAUAUGGGGAAUUGCCAUGCAAAUAUCCUCUUAUCAACUUCAUUUGGCUUCUGUUGUUGGCUGUUCCAAAGAGAAACUCCGCAACAUUCUGCGAUUUAGUGAACAAGUACACACCGUCUCUAGAUAGGGAUCCUCAAUACAAGCCAUUAUUGGAUAAAAUUGGCAAAGUUUUCUUCAAAAUUUCUGAACCAGGAGCUGCUGGAGGAUUUUUGGGAAAUAUGCUCAGAGGACUAAUGGGAGGAGAAAGGGCUGCUGAAGAACAGUUCAGAGCAUCAGAUGUUGAAUUUGAAGAUGACGUAAUGAUUGUUGAUGAAGACGGAUAUACUACUGCUAACGAUAGUGAUGGCAAUGACGGUCCUGGUGCGAAACAAUCAGCAGUAGACCAAAUGGACGAUCUUGAUUAA